AUGUCUGCUUCGAUUAGAAGAGUCAACAGGGUCCAGUGUGCCAACUGCACGUGUUCGCCCGGGUUGUUAUCCCGGACCAACAGAAGAUCUUCCAUGAUGGUUAAGCAAAUUCACUUACAAAGACGAGGAUCACCAAGUGGUGGUAGCAGUAGACCUGAUUCCAGAAGAAGCAGUGGGAUCUGGACUUUGGAUGCAUCAUCUCUUUGUGCUCCUGAUACCAAGGAAAUCAACACCAGCAAGAGAUUACAGGCCUUGAGAGAAGUCAUGGCUGAAAAUGGAGUGGCUGUCUAUAUAGUACCCUCGGAAGAUCAACAUCAUUCUGAAUAUGUUUCUGCUGCUGAUCAAAGAAGAGCAUUUAUUUCUGGAUUCCAAGGUAGUGCUGGUGUUGCAAUUAUUACUCGCGAUGUCACUAGUAUGAAUGAAAUCCCUGAUGGGUUGGCUGCUUUAUCUACUGACGCUAGAUAUUUCAACCAAGCCACCAAUGAAUUAGACUUCAAUUGGCUUUUAUUGAAACAAGGUGCUCCUGGUCAACCCAGUUGGGAGGAAUGGACGGUUGACCAAGCUAUGCAACUUGCCAGAGAUUCAGGGGACAAGAUUAACAUUGGAGUUGAUCCUAAAUUGAUUUCAAUUUCGUUAUAUGAAAAGUUUAAGUCAGUUAUUGCUUCCAAAAAGAAGUCUGGGGUUUUUGUUGAAUUGGUUCCUGUUAACGAGAAUUUGGUUGAUAAAAUCUGGAACUCCUUUGAAGACCCUUCGCCUAAACCUUGUGAUAUAAUCAAAUCAUUGGAUGAUAAAUAUACGGGACAAUCUAUUGAAGAAAAGAUCGAUGCAGUUUUAGACUUGCUUAAAACUACAUGUAAGGCUAAUGGACUUAUUGUAAGUUCAUUGGAUGAUAUUGCAUGGCUUUUGAAUCUUAGAGGUUCAGAUAUUGAUUAUAACCCUGUUUUCUAUUCCCAUUUAAUUAUCUCCGAUGAUCGAAAGAUAACAUUAUUUGCUGAUAAUGACCGUUUUGAUACUAAAGUACAAGAUGCUAUGGCUGCCAAUAAUAUUACCGUUUUACCAUACACUAAUUUCUGGCUGUCCUUAGUACCUAUUUCCAAAGAAUUUUACAUGAGUAACAGAAAGCUUUUAAUUUCCAAAAAUACCAGCUGGGAAGUUAUAAGGCAAUUGAAAUGUCCAUUUCACCAAAUCAAUACUUCUCCCAUUGCUGAUUUGAAGGCUAUUAAAAACCCAGUGGAAUUGGAAGGAGCUAAAAGAGCCCAUCUUAAAGAUGGAAGAGCAAUUAUCAAAUUCUUAAGUUGGUUAGAGAAUGAAUUGGUUAUUAACAAUGAAUUAGUUGAUGAAAUUGAAGCUGAUAAUGUUUUAACUUCUUAUAGAAAAGUGGAAGAAUCUUUCCAGGGAUUACUGUUUGCUACAAUCAGUGCAACUGGUGCCAAUGCUGCUGUAGUACAUUAUAAGCCGGAAAAGGGACUGUGUUCAGUAAUAGAUCCUUCUAAGAUUUACUUGGUUGAUACUGGGGCUCAAUUCUUGGAUGGUACUACUGAUACAACUCGUACAGUUCAUUUCACCGAACCAACUCAAGAACAAAAGGAUAAUUAUACUUUGGUAUUGAAGGGUAAUCUUGCAUUAGGGGAUCUUAAAUUCCCAGAGGAAACUUAUGGAUUCUUCAUUGAUUCAAUUGCAAGACAAUUCUUAUGGAGUAAGGCUUUGGAUUACGGCCAUGGUACCGGACACGGAGUGGGCGCCUUUUUGAAUGUCCAUGAAGGUCCUAUAGGAAUUAGUCCGAGAUCAAACUUCAAUGUUUUAAAGGAAGGUAAUUUGAUUUCUAAUGAGCCUGGUUAUUAUGAAGAUGGAGCUUAUGGAAUUAGAAUUGAGAAUGUCAUGUUUGUUAAAUCUACUGGUUCUGAAUAUAAUGGUAAGAAAUUCUUUGAAUUCGAAACUGUCACCAGAGUUCCAUAUUGUCACAAGUUAAUUAAUAGACUGUUGUUAACAGCUCAUGAGAUUCAAUUAAUUAACAAUUAUCAUAAGGUCAUUUGGGAGGAAAUAAGUCCAAGUUUCACCAAGGGUUCGCUUGAAUAUAAUUGGUUAAAGAGGGAAACCAGUUCUAUAGUGUGA